AAUACGAAGAAGACCAAAGAAAAUUUAGACCAUGUCGUCUACUAGUGGUCGUCCAAGCCGAAGGCGGUCGGUGAUAUCCGGAUUGGACAUGUACAAGUGAGUACAAAGAAGAUUGGAGGCGUUUGAAAUGGAUUGAAUGCAUUCCAAACAAAGCAACAUACGUAUUUCUUACAAUAUUAUUGUUUCGGUUUGCUUUGCAGGAAAGUCCCCAUCGAUCUCAUGGAAGGAACGAAACGAGGAUCUGUUUUGAGUUGGAUAGCAUUAUUAGCGAUGGUGACAUUGUUCCUUUACGAAACAAACGAAUACUGGACGACUAAAUUGGUCAAAGAUUUGAGACUCGAUCAGAAAGAUCACACCGGCGACAAGAGGCUUCGAUUGAAUUUCAAUAUAACUAUGCUCGAUCUGCGGUGCGAGUGGGCCGUGGUCGACGUAGUCAGCGUCCUGGGAACCGACCAGAACGUCACGGCUCACGUCACCAAAUGGGAUCUAGAUGCGGACGGGGUAAGAUCAAAUUUUCAAGGAAGGAACCGCAACCAAAAGGAUAUUGAUCUAUUUGACGAAACAGUGACGGAAACGAUCGACGAACUGCACGAAAACGGAGAAGAUGCUUUAUCUCUUGACAAGGAGAGCUUGCAUUUUGCAAAGGAAAACUUCGAUUUUUUGUUUGUCGAUUUCUUUGCGAGUUGGUGUUCACACUGUCGUGAUUUGGCACCGACGUGGGAGAAACUUGCCGAGAUAAUGAACGAUCACCACUAUGACAACCUGGACGACGAUUACACAACAAAACCAGAGAAAGCGAAAACUGCAAAAGAUCACAUAGAGGAUUCCCAAAACAAUAGAGACGACGAUGGAAACUUCCAGCAAGUCGUAGUUGCAAAGGUUGAUUGCGUAGAGCACAAUGACGUUUGUAACGAGCACAACAUCCAGGCCUAUCCGACCUUGAGAUUGUUUGUGGACGGUACCCCCUGGAUGGAUAUGUUUGCCGAAAACAAGAACGAAGGAACGAGAAAAUUGAGCGGCUCUUCGGACUACAACGGCCACCGGACCGUGUUGGAAAUGAUCGAAUGGCUUCACUUCGUCGAGGAGCAGGUACGGGAAGACGACGGCGCCCGAACCCUGCACCUCGCGCACCAAGCAGCUCGCAAUCGCCUGGAUGGUGACAAGAAAGCCGAGGAAGACAAGAAGUGGAACGAUCCGGGCAUACAAAAGAAGAAGCGGCACCACCACAGGGUGCGAAAGAAUUGGAAGGACGCGGAACACCCCGGAUGCCAGAUUGCGGGCCACUUGCUGGUCGAUCGGGCACCGGGGAAUUUCCACAUCAUGGCACGCAGCAAGCACCACGACCUGGUUCCAGAAAUGACCAAUUCGAGCCACAUGGUCAACAGCCUGUACGUGGGAGACCCGACCGCGCUGCACUGGAUCCAGGAGCGUCGGUCCAAGAUACCGACCGAAAUCGAACCGGCAAUCACUCCCCUGGACGGGAACGUUUACACCACCGACGAGCUGCACGAAUCGUACCACCACUACAUGAAGCUAGUGGCGACCAAGAUCGAUGGCAUGAAGGUUGGAUCGAGAGAACUCGUCUUCUACCAGAUGCUGGUCAAUUCCCAGUUGGCGUACUACGAGAAGGACGUCGCACCCGAGGCAAAAUUUGCCUACGAUUUGAGUCCGAUCGCCGUAAAGUACAGUUAUCGUUCUCGGAGAUGGUCCGAGUAUCUCACGAGCAUAUUUGCAAUCAUUGGUGGGGUGUUUACCGUUGUGGGAAUGCUCGAAGGCGUGAUGCAUCGUUUUGUCCCAAGGUUUUCUAGAAGCCAGGGACUAGGCUGACGUGCGAAUGGAACGGCAUCGAAUGGAAAAUUUUGCACAGCAAACGAUUUGUAUCAGAAGUACUUCAAAACAAUAUUUAAAUUUUAGAUUAG